AUGUCUGUCCUCGCUUCCAACCCACCUACUCAGUCUACUUCAAAGAUCCCAUUGGCCCGACGUGGAACAUUGACGAAUAACACGCCCGUUUCCGUCAAACGACCGCCGCCACCGGCCAAGACGAACAGCAUCACAAGUCAAGUAACGACGAAAGAUACUUCAAGUUCGAAUGGGACGGUCUAUGCGAAACCCAGCAAGGAAUGGGUUCUGCCGGAACGUGCUAAACCUGGUAGAAAGAAACGUCAAUCCCAAAACCGUCUGUCUCAACGAGCCCACAGAGCACGAAAAACGGAUUACAUAUCCACAUUAGAAGAACGAUUAAGACAGUACGAAGCCGAUGAGAUCCAUUCCAAUGUCCGAUUACAAGAAGUCGCUCGUGCUCUCAAAGCCGACAAUGAGCGAUUGAAAAAGGAGACUCAUACUCUUCGAGCCGCUCUUGAUGCCCAGAAUUCUUCGCAAGAAAAUUGGUUAAACGAAAAGUUGAUGUUGCAAGGUAUCAUCAAUGCUCUUAGGGAAGAAGUUGACACAUUACGAUCCGGGAUCGACAGUGGUCGAAUGUCAAAUACUGUUGAUCUGCCUCGUAUAGAACCGCUUUCUUUAUCCAUACAAAACCAUGUUGUCUCUCCGAAUGUCGAAAGGGGAACUCCGAGAGAAAUUAGAAGAGAAAUUUUAACAUGUCCUAUUUGUCCCGAUCCCGAUCCUGAUUGUCCAUGUCAGCAACCGACGACGACUACGAAUACGUCAUCUGGAGUAUUAUUCGGUUCCAGAACUUCGACAUCUCCACCUAGUCUAUUGUCCAAUCAUAGUCAUUCAAAUACCGAAUCUCCACCACAAAUCGGGACACCAUGUGGGUUUUGUCGAUCACCAGAAGAUUGUCUUUGUGUCGAUGUGCAAGAGAUAGAAACGAAACCGAAUAUUGACACGGAAUGUGAUAUUUGUAAUGCUCUUGGAGGAUGUGUUUGUGCUCCGGAAGAAACAACGCAAUCCGUACAUCAUCAUAUAACUCACGCGACUCAGAAGCAAACGCCACAAAGUCAAAUACACCAUGUGACGGACAGUACACCGGUGUUAUCCGCUGAAAUGGAUAGAAAUGGGGCGAUGAAAUUACGACUGAAAACGCGAAAUGGACCGAAGACGACUGUAUGGGCUCUAGAGCCGGUGGUAGUGAAAGAGGCUGUAUGUACUGGGGAUCCUUCGAAUUGCGAAGCUUGUAAAAACGAUUCUUUUGGCCGAGAAUUCUGUUCGCACUUGUUCCAAGCCACCUCAUCCAUUCAACCAUGUCCCACCUGUCCAGGCAAUUGCAUGUCCAUCGAAUCGUUGCUAAAUUCUCACUCGUCCUCCCCUUCCACCUCUGCUCCCCGACGAUCAAGUAGACGAUUCCCCAAUUCAGGUAGGAGGUCUUCAAAUACAAUUUUCAGCUCUCCUCACUCAAAUUCGAACUGGAACACUCCUAAACCAAGCAGAUCCAACCAAGGCCGAACUCACAUGUCAUCACCAAGAUCGGAUUCGGAUACUUAUCCUAGUGACGCACCAUCACAACUACUGUGUUGUGGUGAUCCCGCAUUGUGCGGGACACAUGGGUCAAAAUGUUCAGCCAUGCCUAUGCCCCCUACGCCGAUGACGAAUGCACUGGAGAGAGAUACGAUGAGGUGUGAUGAAGCUUGGAAGACUCUAAAGGCACACCCAAAUGCAAGUUCGGCAAACUUAGCACUUCUAGCGGACGUAGUAGCAGGUCGUAUGAAAUGUCUCGGUCCUGAAACACAACCUACAUCUAUCGAAUCAAACUCAUCACUCUUAGACCCAACUUUACCCUCUAUCGAAACUACCAACCUCGGGUCCCAUUCUUCUAUCAAUCUCAUUCCCCACGUCUCAUCAUCCACCAAGGUAGAAUCAGCAUUCGUAAACCAUGAUAUCGGUUCACAUUCCAAUUGUAAUGAGAAGGUGAUAAUCGCCCCGAAAGCAAAGAAGAGAAGGGUCGAAGUCGAGCUUUCGGCCGUGAGGGAAGCAUUGAAGAUAUUAGAUAGAACGCCUACGCCUGGAGUACCAACCUUAAACGUGGAAGAGAAGGGGGAAUCAAGUAUGGCUGUAGAUGGGAGACCGGGCUCGGUGGGAAUAGAGAAUGGAGGAGUGAAAAGACGAAAGAUUGGGGAUAUAUCCCGUUGGGCCGAUACAUGGUCAGAGGACCAUUAUCAUCGCGAGUUUCUUUCUGUGACUGCAUAUAUGGUGAAUCAAGCCGGAAGAUGA